AUGUGGGAGGCAGAUUUGGAGCACAGCACAAUCGGCUACAGCGCUGGGAUCAGCGCUUGCGAGAAAGGCAAUCAGUGGCCGUGGGCGAUUGCCCUGCUCAGAGAGAUGUUGCAGGUGAGUUUAGAGCCCGACACUAUUACCUACAACGCUGGGAUCAGCGCGUGCAGAGGCGGCGAGCAGUGGCAGCGGGCCCUGUCGCUGCUCAGCGAGAUGCGGGGGACGAGGAUAGUUCCGAGCGUCCUGAGCUACAGUGCUGGGAUCAGCGCGUGCGAGAGAAGCGAGCAGUGGCAACGGGCUCUAGGGCUGCUCAGCGAGAUGACGGAGGCGAAGCUGGAGCCCAACUUAGGCUUAUAA